AUGCUCGGACCCGCGAAAAGGACGGCUCGCUUCUCACUUCCACUGCCGUCGCCGUCUGCAAGACAGGAUAUAAAUAUGUCGCUCCCCGCUGCGACUCCUCCACCAAGAACUCCGUCGAGCCAGCAGAAAGACUCGCCGGCGUCCGAGGAUAAUCCGCCGCCCCCUGGAGCCGCCGAGAACAAUCAUCCAACAGGGCAGUCGUCCGAGGACACUCCGCCGCCGCCGGGAGCACCGACGGGACAGCAGCAAGGGUCGCCACCGUCGGAGGAUAUGCCGCCGCCCCGUUCCGAGGACGAGGAUCAAAUGAGAUCGUCCGGAAAUCUGCAACAGCCCCGGACGCGCAGCAGGAUCUGCCGCCAAGCACCGCUCCUGUUCAUUUGGUCCAGAACGCACCAUCGCUUCCAGGACCGCUCCAAAUUCCGGCUCCAACCCUGAGUGCGGCGCCGAUCGUCGCUAACGGAGUAAAGAGGAGACACGUGCCGAAGGAGAGCCACCGCACAGAGCCGAACGCCAAGAAGGCGAAAACAAAAGGAAUUGGCAGUGAUCAAGUUUACAUAGUUUUUUGCUGUCCGGCCACCGGACUUGUCGACUGCGGAAGCUGUGCUCGGUUGUCUCAAGGAAUGCGGGUAUGAAAAGUUUAUGAAGUUCUUUCACAAAAAAUGUUGUUUUUCAGAAUCAACACGAUCCCCGCGGAUAA